AUGGCCUGGUAUGAAUACGAUGAUGCAUUCCGCGUAGAGAUCGAGUAUAGCCGUUACGCCGUAAAGCCUUUCCUCGAGCUGGGGCAAGAUCCCAACUGCCUCGAGCAGAAAUCGGACGCCAGCUCAGUUGAUCUCGGCGUGGAUCCGAACUUGGUCAACGAGAACGGAGUGACUCCUCUGCACUGUAUUUGUGAUAUUGACGACGACAACGAGGACUUGGCGAAGAUGCUAUUUGAGAUCAGCCACAGAAAACUUCAGUCGGUGAAAGUCAAUACCGUGGACAACUCGGGUCGAACACCACUACACUAUGCUCUGAGAAAAGGCUGUAAAAAACGGAUUGUCGAAAUUCUGCUAAAAAAUGACGCCGACCCGAAUGUGGCCGAUGUGGAUGGAUCGACUCUUUUACACAUUCUUUGCAACAGAAGCCGAUAUUGGGAUAAAAAUGAGACAUUGUCCGAGUUAUUAUUUUUAAUCAAAGACGGUACGCAUCAACCAUUGCAAGUCGACGCUCAGGACAAGUGGGGUCGGACCCCGCUGCACUUGGCUCUGAUACAAAACCAAGAAGAUGAUCCAACUCUUGCUGAGACAAGGCAAAAUCCGAAUUUGGCCAAUGCAAAGGAAUCGACGUCUCUGCACACUAUUUGCGAGAGAUGUUACGAUGAUGAUAUCAUAAAAAUGUUCUUCGAGAUCAACGACGAAAGACAUGAAAUGGUGCAGGUGGAUGCUCGCGACAAUUUGGAAGGCUACGAUGUGUUACAUAUGUUGUUCCGGCUUACCGACGACAAAUAUCAGCCGCUGCAGGUCAAUGCUCAAGAUAAGUUAGGUGACACACCGCUGCUCCUGCACCUGAAUUUGGACUCACACUGGUACAGAGACAGAACCGAAUAUUUACUGAGAAACGACGCAGAUCCAAAUUUAGCCAAUGCAGAUGGAUUGACAUGUCUGCAUAUCAUUUGCAAGAAAAACUACUAUCAUGAUGACCAGAUGAUGAUAAAGACGUUGUUCGAGCUUAGUAAUGAAAAAUAUCAGCCACUACUAAUUGAUGCCCAGGACAAUUUAGGUAACACACCGUUACACUAUGCUGUGGCCGAAAGCUUUGAAGAACAGACUGUCCGAGUGCUGUUGGAAAGCGGCACAAUCCGAAUUUGGCAAUGUGGAGGGAUUGACAUAAUGAGCCAGAAAGCAAAAAAAUUGCGUGAUGACAAAAAUAACUUGGAGAUGUUCUUCAAGAUUGGCAAAGAUUUUCGACAGAAGUUGCAAGUCAAUUCCCAAGAUAAAUUAGGAAACACAGCAUUACACUUGGCAGUAGGCUUGGACGACGGCUGCAAGAACUUGGUCGAAUUGUUGCUCCAGAAUGGCGCCAAUCCAAAUUUACCGAACAAAUACGACUUAACUCCUGUGCAUGACAAGAGGGGUCAAACACCACUACACUAUGCUCUGCCUCAAGGCUAUAACAAAGAGACUGUCCAAGUACUGCUAAAAAACGGCGCCAACCCGAAUCAAGUUGACGUGGAGGGAUUGACUCUUUUACAUAUUCUUUGCAACAAUGGUAGAGAUUUUGGUAAGAAUGAUGUUGAUUUGUCCGAUCUAGUUUUAAUGAUCAAAGAUGGUACACAUCAGCCACUAAAAGUCGAUACCAUAGACAAGUAUGGUCGGACACCACUAUACUAUGCUCUGCUCCAAAGCUAUAAUAAAAGAAUUGUCCAAGUACUGCUAAAAAAUGGCGCCAACCCGAAUCAAGUCGACGGGGAGGGAUCGACUCUUUUACACGUUCUUUGCAACAGUGAUAGAUUUUUUGAUGUUGAUUUGUCCAAUCUAUUUUUAAGGAUCAAAGAUGGUACGCUUCGGUCACUAAAAGUCGAUGCCAUAGACAAAUAUGGUCGGACACCAUUGUACUUAGCUUUGAUCAACGAGAACAUAGAAGUAGCCGAAUCGCUUAUGAGAAAUGGUGUGAAUCUGAACUUGGCCAAUGCGGAGGGAAUGGCUAUUCUGUCCAUCAUCUGCAAGAGACACCAAGAUGACUUUCUGAAGGAGUUAUUCGAGAUAUGCGGCAGAUACAUCCAGCAGACGGUGCAAGUCGACACCCCGGAUGAGUUGGGACGAACACCGCUUCAAUGA